GUGCCAGAGCUCGACGCUGACAGCUAUCCCAUAUAGAGGUAGCGCUCAGUUAUCUUCCGGUGACAUAAUAUUUUGAUCACUGCUAAGGGCAGGUUUUAAUCUGAUUUAGUUUCGGCCCUUCUCUGUGCACCUUCUCCCUCCAGGGCCUCUCCAAUAUGGAGAGCUUCGAUAACAUAUACCUCGAUCUCUCGAGACAGCCUGGAAAAUGCAAACUUGCAGAGAGCGGGUUGGGGUGGAAGCCUUCAGGUGCAGGUGACACCUUCACGAUCGAUAAGAGCAACAUUGGUGCGGCUCAAUGGAGUCGGGCGGCAAAGGGGUUUGAACUCAAGAUCUUGUCGCGCUCGUCGGGCGUGAUUCAGUUAGAUGGAUUCGACCAGGAGGCUUUCGAACGUGUAUCCAAAGCAUUCAAGGUCUGGUAUGGCGUGAACGUCGAAAGUCGCGAACACGCACUGCGUGGCUGGAACUGGGGAAAGGCAGAGUUCACCAAGGCGGAGCUCACCUUCAACGUGCAGAACCGGCCCGCGUUCGAAGUCCCCUACUCGGAAAUCUCAAACACAAACCUAGCAGGCCGGAAUGAAGUCGCGGUUGAAUUUUCUCUACCGUCUGAACAAGCGAACGGCGCCGACAACCAGCCGGCUGGAAGUACCAAAAACCGCGGCAGGAAGGCUGCAGCCGGGCCUGACGAGCUUGUCGAGAUGAGAUUUUACAUUCCCGGCACGGCGGUGAAGAAAGAGAAAGGUGGCGAAGAGGGCCAGGAUGAUGAGGAAGAGGAGGGAGAGGAGGUUGAAGAGCAGAACGCGGCAAACCUUUUCUACGAGACGCUCAUGGAUAAGGCUGAAAUUGGAGAUGUCGCAGGCGAUACAUUCGCUACCUUCCUGGAUGUCCUUCAUCUUACUCCUAGGGGUCGGUUUGAUAUUGAUAUGUACGAGUCCUCCUUCCGUUUACGCGGAAAGACCUACGACUACAAGAUCCAAUACUCUGCCAUCAAAAAGUUCUUUCUGCUGCCCAAGAACGACGACACGCAUACACUGAUCGUCCUGGGUCUGGAUCCACCUCUUCGACAGGGUCAGACUCGCUACCCGUUCCUUGUCAUGCAGAUGAAGCUGGAUGAAGAAAUUAGCCUCGAGCUGAACAUGACCGAAGAGCUACUGCAAUCACGCUACAAAGACAAAUUGGAGCCUCGUUACGAAGAGCCCAUUCACCAAGUUGUCACCAAGAUUUUCCGUGGGCUGUCUGGCAAGAAGGUUAUCAUGCCUUCGAGAGACUUCGUCAGCCACCAUGGCCACAGCGGAGUGAAAUGCUCAAUUAAAGCCAACGAGGGCCUCCUUUACUUUUUGGAUAAGAGCUUCAUCUUUGUUCCGAAGCCCGCUACCUACAUUCAAAUCGAGAACAUUUCUGUCAUUACCAUGUCCCGCGUCGGCGGCGCCGUGUCGGCCAGCAGAACCUUUGACAUCACCAUCACCCUCAAGGCCGGAAUGGGUGAACACCAGUUCAGCAACAUUAACCGCGAGGAACAACAACCGCUGGAAGACUUUUUCAAGGCAAAGAACAUUCGGUUCAAGAAUGAGAUGGCUGACGAUUCAUCGGCGUUAAUUGCCGCCGCGCUGGAUAACGACGAGCUCAUGGGAUCUAGUGACGAUGAGGGUGGCCGCGCUGACCGGGGAUCAGCGGACGAGGACGAGGAAUCCGUCGACGAAGACUUCGAAGCCGACUCCGAGUCUGACGUGGCGGAGGAAUUCGACUCGGACCAUGAAAGCAGCGGCAGCGGCAGCGGCAGCGAUGCUGAGAUGGACGACGCGUCAGAGGGCGGGGGCGAGUCCGACGAGGAAGAGGACCAGCGGCCCAAGAAGAAAUCCAAGGUUGGCGGCAAAUAG